UUGAAAGUGAAAAGCGACGGUCGUAGGCGCCUGAAACACGCUCAGACAACGAGCUGAACGACGACACAAUUCGUAUAGUUCGCGCAGUAGGUCGCUGGUGACGCGCGCUUCCUGGAAGCAAUUACGAUAUAAAAACGAAAUAAACAGAGAAUUACAAUACAUUCGAAAACUGUGCCAAGUUUUGUUGAACUGAAAUUAAUUUCUCCAAUCAAACGAAAAUAUUUCAAGCCUGACAUCACAGGAAGCACAAGUGAUUGAGCUCCGUUCGUGUUGCGCGCAUCCGUUUCCGUUAUUGUUAUUGUUAUUGCCGUUGACACCGUUGUUAACGUGUGCCACCCUGUUAACUCCUGUCGACUAGUUUGCCACGCGCUCGCACUCCGCGCCGCAAUCUAGAUUUAGACCGAAGUUGUUAGUCCUUUCAUACAUACCUAACAUUGAAAAGGAUACACGCACUACAGCGAAACAAACGACAUAACUGAGGAUUACAUCGAAAAUUCUACACGUGCUAAAUUCACCACAAAUGAUGAUUUUGCGAAUAAUAGCAGUAACGCUCCUGCUAGCGGCCAGUUUCAGUGAUGCCGUUGUUGUGAAGCCACGACCACAAUAUGGUCCACCACCACCACAACGGCAGCCACAUAGGGAGUAUGGCGUACCGCAGCAGAUACCUUUCCGUGAAUAUGGACCACCAGCACUAAAGUAUGGACCACCCAAAUUCAUUAGCGGCGGCAAUGGUGGCAGCUUCUCUUCAAGUAGUAGUAGUAGCAGCAGCAGCAGUAACUUUAAUAGUGGCUUCAACGAACAAAUCAAAUCGCAUUUCGGUGUGCCAAAACCAUUCUAUGGUCCACCACAUAUUCAGCAUAAGCCCGUGCCCAAUUAUGGACCACCACAGGCACAAUAUGGCCCACCACCACGUCCUGCGCCACAAUACGGACCACCACCAUCGAAGCCAUCACCUCAAUAUGGCCCACCACCUCGUCUCAGCUAUGGACCACCACCACCACAGUCGCUGCCUUCGCCAUUACCUGCGCCGCUGUUCAAACCUGAACAUUCGCCAGCCAGUUCUUAUGGUCCACCACCCUCAGGACCGCUAAAUUUGCCACCUAAACCUGUGUAUGGACCACCUAAGCCUUCAUACGGUCCACCGUCAUUAGCUUUAGGUCUAACCGGCCCUGGUCCAGCGCCUGCCAACUUCAACAAAGUGCCCGAAACAACGAUUAUACUAGCAAGCGGUGGCGGUAAUGCUGGCUCCUCUGGUGGUCAUCAUCAUGGUAAUGGCGGCGGUCCAGUUAAACAAGUGCAAAUCCAAAUAGAUGCCUCAGGACAUACGCACAGUGUGAGCGGCUCACAAGCACCAUUUCACACAGCAUGCGACGGUUGGAAGCCGAUACCAGCACCUAUAGGCUCCUAUGUAGAGGGCAACAACAUUGAGACUCAAUCCGGUUACAGUCACGUCACACAAGGUACUUUCGGCACACAGUACAGCGGUGGUGCAAGUAUUUCCGGCGGCAGUCAUGGUGAUGCAACUGGCAGCGGUGGUAGCAUUAUUGCCGGAUUGAGCGAUGCACAACUUGUUGCGGUUGCAUUGCAAUCAGGUGGGUUCGAUGGAGCAAACCAUGGGCCGCAAUUGCCACCUACGGGGCCAGCGGGUGAUUUCAAGCAACAAAAUAUUAAUUCCAUCGAAACUGAUGUUUUACAGGUUGCUCUUGGCGGUGGCGAUGAUUCGUAUAGCAAACCACCGGCAGACUCUUAUGCACCCGGCUCGAUCCAUGCACAUAAACACAAUAACAUUGAUGGCGGAUUAAUUCCACCCAGCGGUAAUUAUGGACCACCGCCGCCGCCACCACCAGUGGAUAGUUAUGGCCCACCACCGAGUGGUAACUACCUUCCACCACCAAGUGGCAAUUAUGGACCACCACCACCAAACGGCAAUUACGGACCACCACCACCACCACCACCAAGCGACAAUUACGGACCUCCUCCACCACCACCUUCCAGCGCCGCACUAUUCGUGGAAAAUCACCAAUCCUCGUCUGCCUCCUCUUCCUCUCAAGCUGGUUUACAUUAUGGUUCGCAAUCCGGCAAUAUUCUGAACGUUCCUACGCAUGGUGCUUCGCAACCUAGUCGUCCAGUAUCGUUCCGGCCACCAGUCCCUCAAGGUCUGUUAGAGUCAAUUGGUGCUACCGUGCAACAUUUGGAUCAAUUUGGUGUUAAGCCACCAACUCAGUCGCCCACUUACAUACCACCUGCGGCAAAUGAAAUUGCCGAUAACGGGAUUGGUUCGGAAUACGGUCCCCCUCCACCACCGCCUGCGCAAAUCAAUGUGCCCAUUGGCGUUAUUGAACAGCAGUUGCCACAAGUGCAACCACCUCAGGUCUUCACACAGGUAAAUCAGCAACACGCACACCACAAUCAUCAACAAAACACACAAAACUUCCAACAUCAACAACAACAAAUACAGCAACAACAAUUCCAACAGCAUGGUUCAUUCCAAGAAUUUCCACCAUUGUCUCCACCUCCUCCACAACCCCAAUUUCAAAUUUUACCCCCCUUACAGGAACAUCGUGGCAACGCACAAAACCAAUAUGGUCCACCUUUGGCACCACCACCACCGCAACAGCAAUAUCUACCCCCACCACCACCACCACAACAUGGUCGUCCCUUCCCACAACCACCACCACCACCAUCUCAACAAUAUCUGCCACCGACACAACAAACUGGUCCGGUAACUUUCCAGCAGCAAAGUAGCGCAUCCUCGAGCUCCAACUACGAAAACUCAUACUCAUCCUCGCAGCACAAUGAGCAAUUCAUACACGCGCAAGCCUUGCCACUGCAACAGGAACCGCGCUUCACGCAGGUGCAUGAUUGUGGUCAAGGACCGAACUUAGUCAGUGCAGGCUAUCAAUUGCAGCAACAAAAUCAGUACCAACAGCAAAACCAGUAUCAGCAACAACAGCAACAUCAGUUCCAACAGCAGCACUCGCAACAAUACUCUGCCUCAAACUCGGUUUCGAGCACCUCAGCUAACGCCUACAACGCCAUCUCGCAAAGCAUACCUGUGGCUGAGACACACACACAGUUCGUUGAGCAAGAACCAGCCGAUAGCUACGGACUACCGUCAGGCGGUAAUCACCUCGAUCAUGACUAUGACGGCUAUGCUUCACAGAAGUCCUCUGUAGCGGCGCUGCCAGAUGGUACUAAUCCUCAAGAACUGCCCGGUCUCGAUGGUCUUAAUGUGAUUUCUGCGCAGAAAUCUCAAUCCAUACAGUUGUCGCCCGAACAGGUCAGUGGCGCGGCGCACUCCCAGUAUGAACCCACCUUCCAACUGGACAUUGCCGGUAGUGGCGCAAAAUCGGUACAAACCGAACAGUCUGCUAACCACGAAGAGAUACUCUCGGAAGGCUUAUUACAAUCGAUACUAACCGCCAUUGAGCAACCCCAACAAAAGAGUGUGCAACAUCACCACACCGUACAAGUGAUCACGAAUCAAAAUAACGAUAUCUAUGGUCAUGGCGCACAAAGCCGUUCCGACACAGAUAUACAAGAAGAUGCCACGCCCGACGAUGAACACGAGCCCGAAGUGGCCGAAUCGGAAAAAGUUGAGGUGCAAUUAAGCGCCGAUGGCGAAGAAGUGGCGACAGUGCAGGAAAUUAAGCCGAUUGUAGCGGCCGAAAUCGAUGACGUUGAAGCGAAGCAUUAGCGAUCUACAUAUAAAUAACGGUAGUUGUGGUAUUUUUUUAAAUCCAAGUCACUGCUGUGGCGCAUGCGCUGUCCGUUAUGUGAUGGCUGCGACGCCGAGGUGAUUAUACUUAUGACCGAAGCUAGUUAUCAUCGCGAAACUAAUUUAUUUUAACGAUAACGAAAUGUUCUCUUGAUGGAACAAUUAAAAUACUUAAUAGCAUCACAAAAAAUUAAAUAAAUAUAAUUUUCGCUCAACCUCGUUAAGGUUGCCAUUAGUGUUUAAGCGCAAUUACAUUUACAUUUAUUAAUUAUAAAAAAAAAAAACAUUCACUUUCAUUUUCCAUUAAAGUUGCCAUAUCUUAUUGUACAUGGCUUUGCCUUUGUCCUUCAAAAAUGUAAACAAACAAUAUUUAAAUUUUUUACCUUCAUUACGUAUAAGGACACUCGGCAAAGCGGAGUGAGCAUCUUUUCAUUAAAUGUUUAAUAGUUAAAACCAUGUAAAAUUACAUAUGUAUAAGUAAUUGCAAUAAUUUAUUUAAAAUAAAAAUUACACAAAAAAUUAA